AUGUUUGCAGGCCGAAACGAAAACAGCGUCUACGACCCCACCCUCUCCGACCCCAACGACCACUGCAUCUCAACCUCUGGCCCCCUCAUCUUCGUCCAGCGCACCCGCCCCGACGGGUCAACCUUCCAUCCGCCCAAAUGCGCCAACUUUGAUACCUUUUCGUUGUUCUCUGAUCGGAUGGGUCCGAUCCUAGGCGCCAAGUUGGUUAUGAAUAGUAACUGGACGAAUCUGUAUAGCUGUGGGAAGGAGAGGAAUAUUUACUGGAAGGCUGAUUCUUCAAACGAACCCGCCGAGUGCAACGUCGCCGUUCAGCUUUUCACGCUUCCCGUCGUUUAG